AGUCAACAGCACACGUUCAGGGAAAUACUCAGGAACAGGAUGUGACGACUGUCCUUCCACGACAGCUUUCUUUGGGUGUAUUUGACAAACAUACAAGCGAAAAAUACAAUUUAGCUAGUCGAGGAGUGCUUGAUUCUAUCGGUUUUAAAAUAACUUAGUGACCGGUGUGGCUGGCGGGGCAGGAUGAGUGGGGCAGCGCUAGGCAUCGAGAUCGUGGUGGUGUUUUUCCUGGCCUUGUUCCUGCUGCAUCGGUAUGGUGACUUCCGGAAGCAGCAGCGCAUGGUGCUGUUUGGCACUCUGCUGGCCUGGUAUCUGUGCUUUCUCAUCGUCUUCAUCCUUCCUUUGGACGUCAGCACUACCAUCUAUAAGCAGUGCAAGAUAGAUCACGAAGACCACACCCCUGCUGCUUCGGUGAACCCCGUGCUGUCCAAUCAAACGACAGGGAACUCGACCGUUACACCCACAAAAAGUGUUCCAAGGGUGUGUUAUAAACCGUGGAGCUACAUUCCUGAUGGCAUCAUGCCAGUGUUUUGGAGGGUGGUGUAUUGGACAUCUCAGUGUCUUACCUGGCUGCUGCUGCCCUUCAUGCAGUCGUACGCCCGUUCCGGAGGCUUCUCCAUCGCCGGGAAGAUCAAGACGGCCCUGAUAGAGAACGCCAUCUACUACGGAACCUACCUGCUCAUCUUCGGCUCGUUGCUCAUCUACGUGGCCGUCCACCCCGAGUGGCGUCUCUCCUGGUAUGAGCUGCAGACGAUCGGCAUCACGGCGGCCAACACCUGGGGCCUCUUCCUGCUGGUGCUGUUGCUGGGCUACGGCCUGGUGGAGAUCCCGCGCUCCUAUUGGAACGCGUCGCGGCGGGGCCACCUGCUCAUCAAGACCUACUUCAAGGCGGCUAAGCUGAUGACGGAGAAGGCCGACGCGGAGGAGAACCUGGAGGACGUCAUGGAGGAGGUGAGGAAGCUCAGUGAAGCCAUCAAGUACAACCACCCACUGAGGGAGUGCAUCGACACCAUCCUUAAGAAGUGUCCCGUGGACUACCAGGAGAAGAUGGGCAGGAACAUGGACGACUACGAGGACUUUGACGACAAACAGAACACCUAUCCCAGCGAGAAGAGCCUGGUGAAGCUGCAUAAACAGGUGAUCUACGCAGUACAGAGGCACAACCGGACUCGCGUCCAGUGGCAGAUCCUCCUGCAGCAGGCCGUCCACCUGGAGGACGUGGCCAAGAACGAGGCCAGCUCGGUCCACGCGUUCGUCCACAGCUUCCCCUCCUCCGAGCCGCCGGGCUGGUUCGGCCGAUACCUGUACACCCCGACCGUAGAAUGGUACUGGGAGUGCUUGCUGAAGCAGUGGUUCCACCGCCUGCUGUCCGUCAUGCUGUCUCUGUUCUCGGUGGCCGUGGUGUGGUCCGAGUGCACCUUCUUCAGCACCCGGCCCGUCCUCUCCCUGUUCGCCGUCUUCAUCCAGCUGGCCGAGAGGGAAUACAACUACCUGUAUAUCGAGAUGGCGUGCUUCAUCACCAUCUUCUUCUUGUGCACGUGCGUGUAUUCCACUGUGUUCCGCAUCCGAGUGUUCAACUACUACUACCUGGCCUCUCACCACCAGACCGACGCGUACAGCCUGCAGUUCAGUGGCAUGCUUUUCUGCCGCCUGACCCCUCCCCUGUGCCUGAACUUCCUGGGUCUGAUCCACAUGGACUCUGCCAUCUCCCACCAGAAGAAGGAGCAGACGGCCUACACCUCCAUCAUGGGCUCCAUGCGCGUGCUCUCCUUCAUCGCUAACGGCUUCUACAUCUACUACCCCAUGCUGAUAUUGCUCCUCUGUAUCGCGACCUACUUCAGCCUGGGGACCCGCUGCCUGAACCUCCUGGGAUUCCAACAGUUCAUGGGGGACAACGAACUGACCUCCGACCUCAUCGACGAGGGCAAGGAGCUGAUCCGAAGAGAGAAAAGAAAGCGACAAAGGAUCGAAGAUGGAGAGAAUCGCCGUAAAGAGUGGAAGGAACGCUAUGGUAACCAGAGGGAAGACCACGCAACUCGGAAUAGGAGCAGCCAUGCUGAAAUGAAGGAAACCAGCACGUACUCCGACACCGUCAGCGCCAACACCAACAGGCAGGCGAAGUACACUCGAACGGGCGGCCGGCCCGAGAGAGACUGCAUAGAGCUUCUCCAGGAUGCCGAGCCCUUGGACUUCAAUGCGGAGACGCUCACAGACGACCCUCUGGAGUCUGAUACCAGACAUGCAGGGGGCAGGUACCUGUCCAUGUCGUCAUCUCGGAGCAAGAUCUUCGACGACGUCUGAGGAUGGAGAGACGGUCAGUGUCGCAGGAGCAGAAAUGCACAUCCAUUUUGAUCCUUUACGCACCCAUUUUGCAAAUACCGCAGGAAAUCGAUUUUCUCACCCAAACCCUCUGAAUGUAGAACACCAUCUGUGUUUCUCUAAUUGUUGGCAUGACACCUAACGUGAAUCUCCCCUCCUGUUCCUCUUCAGAAACCAGUUACAGUAGGUCAUUGUGGUAGUAGAUACACUUCCCAGUUUCGAUAUUGCUGUUUUAUCUUGUGCCAGAGCACUGUGUCGUGAAGGGCACACAUCUCCCAUACAUGUCCUAACCACUGUGGUCGUCAACCCAGAUUUUUUGGACAUGACUGGAAUGACGAGGAUGUUACGUCUAAUGAAGGAUCCUGGUGGAGUCAAAAGUUGUGAUGUAUAGAGAAAGAGAGAGGAUUUUUCUUAUUUUAUUCCCAGAUGAUCAGCUACUCUGCAGUUACAUUAAUAUAUAGAAACGGAAAGAUAAAUGUUUGUUAGUAUUAGAUCCCAUGUAUUGUUUUGAUUGACUAGUUGUAGAUUUGAAAUGUGGAAGGACAGUUGCCUUGAUCUGUAUAUGAAGCUGCUACCAAGUAAUACUUCAUAUUUCGACCUGGAUAAUGCGGUUCAUAUGGACAGUUACACAGUAGCCAAAUACAAACUUGAGUUGUCAACGAUUUGGAUCCCAUGUUUUCCUGCGCCUAACGCCAGAUAAGUUCUCUGCAGCAAUUUCUGAUACGGAAAUGAUUUACAACUAAUUCUGAAAAUAGUCAAUCAAUGGGGGAUAUAUACUGUAUCAUCUAUAUUGUCUCAAAGGCCAGUAGUGACUCAUUAGGUCAAGUAAAAAAAAUAAUUCUAAAAAAGGUUUUGAUGUUACAUCUUCUGUGUACAUCUGCCAUCUUGUUUAAAAGCUUCUUUCAGUUUGUUUUUCUGACAGCUUCACACUGGCAAGGCUUCAGAGAAUGUAUGGUGUUAUGGUGAAAAUUUCAAAUCUGACUGUUGGGUUGCAUUUGUGCCAUUUUCGUUAUCUGCCAUACUGUAUAUAUUUUUGACUGCUUAAACGAAAAUGGCAAAUGUGUGUCUCACCCAAUGUAACCUUUAUUUCUGUUUGCAUGUUCUACUUCGAAAAAGUGUCCUUGAAAUGUGUUACAUACAAUAUUUACAUUGGUCGAAAGAUCCUGCUGGCAGGUUUGGUCAAUUAGGUCACCUGAUUCGCUAUCCAGGAAGUACAGCUGAGUCGUAAGUCAAGAUGGAGGACCUGGUAGACUUUGUACUUGAAAGAUCAUUUAGAGGAUGCGAUGUAUAACGAGGUCUAAAAUUCAUAACUGUCGAUGGCACGAUGCACGUUUUUUUUUUGAAAGCGGUGAAGAAUGAUCUGAAACGAUCUAAACUGUAAUUUUCCAUCUAAACUUGUAUUUUCCAUCUUCAGAUUUGUUUCCAUGUCUUCAUCAAUCAUGCACUGAUGUGUAUAUAUUGUUAGAUUUUUUUGUAUUACAGGUUUAAUUAAGGUAGCUCAGAGAUGUCAGCACAAUGUUAUUUAUUUUAAUAUAUUUCACUUCAAUGUUACUUUAACAAUCUGUUGAUCUUAAUACUGUUUAGUCUGCUGAUACCUGAUUAUACUUCUCAAAUAUGUCUUGUUUUGAAUAUGAAGUUGAGUAUCAUGAAAUAAAUCCUUUGGCACUACAAAUCAUUCAUAACCUGCUGAUGGAUUUGACCAUGUACCCAUAUUUCCUCCCCUGUGCACAUGCAUUAUGAUGCUGGUAUUGUUUAAUUUAAACAUGGUGGUGGUUUGUGUAUUACAUUUUGUAAGUUAACGUAGACUAAACCAGUGUUGUGCAAUUAAAAUGUCAUGAAACAACGUUUGUGA